AUGUCUGGAGCGUUGGGUGUUCGACUGCUGCUGUUGGGCUGCGUCUGCCUCUGGCUGUCCAGCCUGGCCAACGGGGCUCUGGUCAUCUCCCAACACCUUGCUGCAGGACAGGAGACACAACAUGCCCCCACAUCAGUCCAGAGACCCCCCAGAUUAAUCCAGAAAAGAAGUAUACCAAAUGCAAUGGUAGAGGUGUAUAGCGUUACAGUGGACUGUACAGUGGCAUCUCGUUUUGCCCACACAGUCAUGACCUCCAGCGCUAUUAACAAGGCCAACGCCUCACAGGAAAUCUUCUUUGAAGUGGAGAUGCCAAAGACUGCCUUCAUCACCAACUUCAGCAUGGAGAUUGAGGGUCAGAUCUAUGUUGGGGAGGUGAAGGAGAAAGAGAAAGCCAAGAAGCAGUAUGAGAAGGCUGUUUCAUCAGGACAAACUGCUGGACUGGUCAAGGUUUCUGGAAGAAAGAUGGAGAAGUUUUCCGUGUCUGUCAACAUUGCUGCGAACAGCAACGUGACUUUUGUUCUGACCUAUCAGGAGCUCCUUCAGAGGAAACUGGGCCAGUAUGAGAUUCUGACCCGGGUAAAACCCAAGCAGCUGGUCCAGAACUUUCAGAUUGAGGUAGACAUCUAUGAGCCUCAGGGCAUUGCCUUUGUUGAUGCCUAUGGAACUUUCCUGUCCAAUGAGCUGCUCCCUCUAGUGGAGAAAACUGUCACAGACAACAAGGCACACAUAUCUUUUUCACCGACGCUGGAACAACAGAGGAAGUGUCCAGGAUGUGAUGGCACACUGAUCGAUGGAGAUUUCAUUGUUAAGUACGACGUGAACCGGGCAACAACUCUGGGAGACAUUCAGAUUGUGAACGGAUACUUUGUGCACUUCUUUGCUCCACCCGAUCUACCCAGAGUCCCUAAGAAUGUGGUGUUUGUGAUAGACAGGAGUGGUUCAAUGGGUGGGACAAAAAUGCAACAGACCCGGGAAGCAUUGCUGGAGAUCCUCAAAGACCUCCAUAUGGAGGACUACUUUGCUCUAAUCCCCUUUGAUCAUGAAAUUACUCCUUGGAAGAAUUCUCUUAUGAAAGCAACAGAAGAAAAUGUAGCUGAAGCCAUGAAAUAUGUUAGAAGGAUAAAUGACAAUGGAGGAACUAAUAUCAAUGAUGCUGUGUUGAGAGCUGUGAAAAUGCUGAUCAAUGACAGGAAGAACAAUAAUGUCCCAGAGAGAAACUUGGAUAUGAUUAUUUUACUGACUGAUGGAAUGCCAAAUUCAGGAGAGAGCCACCUCCCAAGGAUCCAAGAGAACGUACGUGGUGCUAUCGAUGGGAACAUGUCUCUGUUCUGUCUGGGCUUUGGAAACGACGUGGACUACUCCUUCCUGGAUGUCAUGGCCAAACAAAACAAGGGAGUGGCCCGCAGAAUCUACGAGGCCUCGGAUGCAACUCUUCAACUGCAGGGUUUCUAUGAGGAGGUGUCCAGCCCUCUGCUCUCAGAAGUGGACCUGCGUUAUCCUGACAACGCAGUGGAGUAUGUGACCACCAACCACUUCAGACAGUUGUUCAAUGGCUCCGAGAUCGUGGUGGCUGGUCGGCUGAGUGACAAUGACAUAAACAACUUCCUGGUGGAAGUGUUCGCCAAUGGGUUUGAGGAGGACUUCCAGGUGCAGGGCCAGGCCAGUGCUAUGGACUGGGAUGUGAUCUACCCAGAUCAGGAGUACAUCUUUGGGGACUUCACAGAGCGCAUGUGGGCCUACCUCACCAUCCAGCAGCUACUGGAGAAGAGUAAGAGUGGCCCCUCAGAAGAGAAAGAAAAUAACACAGCCAAGGCCCUGGACUUGUCCCUGCAGUACAGCUUCGUCACCCCACUCACCUCCAUGGUGGUCACCAAGCCUGAGACUGAGGACGGACCAGGCAGUCCCCUCAUCGCUGACAAGCUGACUGAGGAGCAAAGACAACAGGCAGAGAAAACAAGUUUUUACCACAGGACUCAUGCACAUUACCCACCGGUCUAUGCAUCCGCGCCAACAUACUUUGUGGAUGGGGAUCCCCAUUUCAUGAUAGAGCUGCCAGAGAGAGAAGAUUCCCUGUGCUUCAAUAUCAACGACACACCAGGAACCAUUUUCAACCUGGUCAGAGAUCCAACCUCAGGUAUUUUGGUCAACGGGCAGACUAUUGGAGAUAAGAAAAUUCCUCCUGAUGGUAAAAUCAACACCUACUUUGGUCGUUUUGGCAUCGUCCACCAGAGUCUCGGGGUGAGACUGGAUGUGACAACCAAGGACAUUUUGGUGUCCCAGGAUGGUAAACGGGUCAAGAUGCUGUGGUCUGAUGCAGCCUCUCUGAAAGGGGCCAAUAUGGAUCUUCUGUUGACCAAGGACCGCAGCCUGACGGUCACUCUAAGAGAUUCAGUCAAGUUUGUGAUCCUGCUACACAAAGUGUGGGAGAAGCACCCCUACCACCAAAACUAUCUGGGUUUCUACACCCUGGACAGCCACCUCCUCUCUCCUUCUGUGCACGGCCUGCUAGGUCAGUUCUACCACGGGAUUGAGUUUGAGGUGGCAGACCUGCGUCCAGGAGAGGUUGAAGAGAAACCAGACGCCACCAUGUACAUUAAGGGACAGGCGCUCAAUGUGACGAGAGGCUGGCAGAAAGAUUACAGAUGGGAUGUGAAGAAUGGAGAAAAUGUUCCCUGCUGGUUCGUUCACAGUAAUGGAACGGGUCUCAUAGAUGGAGACGCUUCAGACUACGUCGUGUCAGGCCUGUUUAAGACUGUCUGAGAAUAGGUAGCAGACGAUGUCAUCAGUAUCUAUGAGAGAAAUCACCAAUGCCAAAUUUAUAUAAUGUUAAAAAUUAUUCCUGGAUUUGAUACACACUGUGAAUGCACUAACAUCAUUUACCAAAGACACUUAGAUUAAAAUCAAAGUAUGGCACAGAAGCUAAUGUGAACUUUUGAAAAGCUUUGAGAUUGGAAGGUAGGAACCUGGUGAUACCAAAU